CGAACGUGCUAACGAUUGACGGAAGGUUGGUUAACGAGAGAUUAGCGCGGGUAUCUCGAAAGCGCUAGUUCAGCAAUCGUUCGUUGCUUACUCGCUAGUUAUUAACGACUGCGCUGUGUAAUCAUUUCAUUACCGCGGAUAUCGUGUGUUAAUACAUGGACAAAAUGGCCGAAUCAAAACGUAAGCCGAGAUAUUCAAUAGACGAAUUGCAAAUACUAGCACAAGAGGUAAAUACACAUAAACAUAUUCUCUUUGGUAAAUUCAGUGAUGUCUUGUCAAUGGAAAAAAAGCAAAAGGCAUGGGCAGAAAUAACGAGACGUAUAAAUGCUGUUUCACAGACCGUCCGAACGGUAGAUGAUAUUAGAAAAAAAUGGAACGACUGGUCGAGUGUUACUAAAGGAAAGGCGGCAAAGCGGAGGCAAUCUUUAAACAAGACUGGCAGCGGACAGCCUGAUACUAAACCACUGACUGAAUUAGAGGAACUAGUAGUUUCUAUAAUUGGCGAGACUGCCGUAGGUGGAUUUAAGGGAGGGAUAGAUACAGCUCUUGUUUCUGAAGAAGCAGACUUUUGUGCCGACGAGGGUAAAUUAUAUUACGAUCAUGCUAAACCGGAACAUACUCAAACGACACUUGCAGUAUCCGGUCUGUCGUCUAGCAGUAUAGACCUGUCAUGCGAUGAGAAUCCUGAUUGCGUUGCUAAUAUCAGUUGUGCUAAUAAACCUACGAAAACGAUUCCUUUUAAAAAGAGAAAAGUCGUUGCAACUGCAUCUGCUGCUGAAAGCUAUGAAACUGACGUAAUUUCAAUUGAGAGAGAAAAACUUAAGAUAGACAAUGCACGACUAGAUACUGAUGAAAAACGGCUGGAAAUAGAACAACAAAGACUGAAAAUUGAGCAGCAACGCCUGCAAGUGGAGACAGACAUUUUGAACACUCUACUUUGUCAAGGCCAAUAUUCUAGCCGAGCAGCAUCUCAAUACCCGGCACAAAACCCGGGGCAAGAUAACUCUACCUCAUUCUUCAGGCUAUAGCCACAUGUUGUUUAAGGGUGUAAGUAUACUGUCAAGAUUUAAACUUGAAAAUGUUGUUCACAAAUUGCAAAUAUCUAAAUGAAUAUUUAUAGCGAGCACUUAGUCGUCAUAGUUUCUAUUUUAAAUAGUCUGUUCAUUUAAACACAUAUGAGGACAAUAAAUUAAGAUUAUAAAGGUAGUCCAUAAGUUUGCUUAGUAUACAAAGUAAAAAAUGAAUAUAUGCUGGGAUAAGCAAAUGGUCUCAUCAUAAACAAUUUAGAUUUUAUUUUAUGUAUAAGAUAAAAACGUGAUGUUUAUGAAAACGAUCAUGAUAUACCAGUGACUAUGAUUAUGACUAUGAUG